AUGGCGGCUACGGCCGAGGAGACCGCAGUUACUGAUCGAGAGGGACUCCUGAGGAGGGUGCGGGAGCUGGAAGAGGAGGUGAAGCGGCUGCAGGAGAAGCUCCAAGAGGACGAGGAGGGCGCCGGGAGAAGAGAGGCUCCUUCGGCUCCUGGGAAAGCCAAGAAACGCCAGCAACGGCCGUUCGAUUUUGGCGCCUACGGCCGCAGACACGUGGCGCUGAGGAUCGCCUACCUGGGCUGGGGCUACCAGGGGUUUGCCAGCCAGGAGAACACCAGCAACACCAUCGAAGAGAAGCUGUUUGAAGCCUUGAAGAAGACACGGCUGGUAGACGACAGACAGACCUCCAACUACCACCGCUGCGGGCGGACAGACAAAGGAGUCAGCGCCUUCGGACAGGUGAUUUCCCUAGAUCUCCGCUCCAACCUGUCGGAGGGGAAGAAGCUAAAUGGCCACGAGGGCGAUUCGGGAGGCAAAAGCGAGGGGGAGGAGGAGCUCCGCUACACCCAUAUUCUGAACAGGGUGCUGCCACCUGAUAUCCGGGUGCUGGCCUGGGCCCCUGUGGAGCCCGAUUUCAGCGCCCGGUUCAGCUGCCUCAAGAGGACCUACCGAUACUUCUUCCCCUGCGCCAACCUGGACGUGCCCCUCAUGCACGUCGCAGCCCAGAGGUACGUGGGGACACACGAUUUCCGUAACCUGUGUAAAAUGGACGUCGCCAAUGGGGUGGUCAACUUCCAGAGAACGAUUCUCAGUGCUGGAGUAACGUGGGUGGAGAGAGGAGGAGAGAGCGGGCUGCAGGAUCCCUUCCGUCUGUGCCAGUUUGAAGUGACAGGACAGGCGUUCCUCUAUCACCAAGUCCGCUGCAUGAUGGCGAUCCUCUUCCUCAUCGGCCAGAGGAUGGAGAGGCCAGAGAUCAUUGAUGAGCUGCUGGAUGUGGAGAAAAACCCCCGAAAACCUCAGUACAGCAUGGCAGUCGAGUUUCCCCUCGUCCUGUACGACUGCGAGUUCGAAAACCUUCAGUGGCUCUACGACCGAGAGGUGCAGGAGUUCAACGUUACCCACCUACAGCAGCUCUGGGCCAACCACGCAGUCAAAACUCAAGUGCUACGGGACAUGUUACGAGGGCUCGAUGCUGCUCCUGUGGCUACGGGGAAAA